GCACAUCUGAACUCGCAUCACGGUCACUGAGCUCUAAUGUGUGCAACUUGGUGUUGCUGACUGUCACUGUGGAUGAGUAUAGUGACUGGUCCAAGGUGUGAGAUGCAUGUGACGGUGCGUGAGGUCCGUAUCUCCUCGGAGUCAGAGACUUCCUACUUCCUGCGAGUGGAGUGGAGGGGGCGAGACUUAGGCUCUGGCUUCCUGUUAYUGCUCACUGAUGGACAGAACGCAUGGAGAGGAGAGGUAUCAGAGGAUGCAGUGAGGGAGGAGGCUGAGGAGUUGGAGAUGCAGACAGAUCGUUACAUCCAUGACCUCCAGCAGGCCUUGACUGGGACCGGACCCUCUACUGACUACAGCUUCACUUUGACCUAUAACCCCGGCCCAAUGGCCAACAUGACCCUGGCCUACGAGAAGGUGCAAAGGGACAUCUCGUUCUGCCUGGGCUCUGUGUUGCUGGGUAAGAUUCCAGAACCAGUGGAGGAGGUUAGAGCGUUACUGACUCACGGUCUAGAACGUGGAACCGCACUGCAGAACCACAACCACUUACUAAAGGAGGAGAACCACCGACUCAAACAGGAGCUACAACACAUCAAUGCAGAGUUGCAGCGGUUUGUCAGUGGGAAGGAGACACUCGAGUCAGAGCUGUACUCUCGCUUCACCCUGGUGCUGAAUGAGAAGAAGGCCAAGAUACGCAGUCUACAGAAGAACCUCACACACCUGCAGGAGACCAGGGAAGAGGGAGAGAGCAGCAGUCCAGGGAAGGGAACAAAAAAGACGACAGGACAGACCAGAGAGGGGGAUGAAUAUGAAGCGAGCACUGAUGAAGAGCAGUUACAGCCUGCCUCUAUAGAACCCACCCAGGGGACGUCGCGUAGCCGCAGCCCAUUGGACGACAGUCUGAAUGACAUCACAGACGUGGCGCCCUCCCGUAAACGCCGCUUCCGCCACCUGCAACCUCCUGACACCGUUGCUAAGAGACCGACCUCGGAGCCAGCACAGAAACCGAGGAGGGACCCCCUGCCAUCAUCCAGAGCAGCAGCCAAUAAGGACCAGGCUCCCCAGCAUUCUACUGMUGUCAUUCCUGAUGCUGAGGACCUGUUUGAGGACAUCUGAGUUCUAACCACUCACUCCUCAAUCAAAUUCUUUCCCUCCUUUCAUCUCUCUCUCCCUCCAUCACUUUYGUCUGUCACUCUAUCAGCCGGUCCCAACUCUCUUAGAACCCCUUCUCCUAAUUAACCCCUUCGAUGUUUGGAAAUCUGAAAGAUCAGGAUAGGUGUAAACAGUGCGGUGAUGGAGYUUCCAUCCUAUUCCUUCCACCUUACAGAUCCAAAUGUAAAAGUGUAUUAUUAAUAUCCUGAAUUUGGCAUCCUAUWUAUGGGGAUAAUGGUAACUAAUUCUAAAAUUACAAAGAUCCAAUCAACUAUGGAUAGUAUACCUACUUUCACUCUGAAAUGGCGUUCUUUGGUCAAAUCAGAUGUCAAUGUAGCCUACAUAAAUCUAACGUGAGUCGGAAUUUACUUUCACAUACACUGUAAAAUAAAUUAAUGUAUAUAUUCAGCGUACAAUUGUAAUGUAACCAUCCAGGCCCGGCUCGAGGAGGACAUGACUGAGGGGAACAUUUUAAAUUCAUGGGGGGGGGGACUCUUCGACCCUCCUACCAAGUUACCUUAGUCUGAAGCUACUGAUCUGCACACCGGUGUCAAACUUGUCCGCAGUACGUAUAGGUGCGUUGAUGAACUGCAAUGUGACGGUGAAUUGGAAAAGCUUUGCCAGGAGGGCACGAGCACGCCAGCUCCAAGGAAACGACGGAGACAACUCUGCGAGAGUAUGUAGUUGAAAGCACAGUUUGCUCAACAAAGCAUUUUUAUUUAUUUUUUAGCAAACAAAAUGUGUUUGAAAAAUGUUUCGGCAAGCUCACAAUCCUAUUGUAGCUGGUUGCCUUACAAUUGUACGUUGAAUCAAUAUAUAUAUAUUUUUUAAUUAUUUAUUUUAGUGUACAGCUAGUGUUAGAGGAGGUACUUUCAACGAUUCAAUGGUAGUCUACGCGGAUGAGUAUGAAAGUUGAUCGAUGUCUAAAUGUGUUGACAUGAUAGCUCGGCAUAUACAAGCUUGUUUCCAAAGCUAAGUAGGAUACAUAGAGGAGAGCAUGUAGAUGAUAGACUCAUCCUCACUGAAGUGCAUUACCCCUCAUAUACCAGUAGGAGUCGCUGUUCAGGCAGGAAUUGUUGGACUGGCUUCACAUUUUAUUUCAAUAUACACUAUAUAUACAAAAGAAUGUGAACACCCCUUCAAAUUCGUGGAUUUGGCUAUUU